CUUAUUUCAGUGUUUUCGAUUUGAAUGUUAAAAGCGCACGCUCGCCCAGUCGCUGUCCAGUUGUUGUCCAGUAAAGUCCAGCAGCGCAGCCGCCGCAGCAUCAGCAGCAGUUCCCUUAAAAGUGAUGUGGAGACCAUAAGAAACCCCAUAACGAUGGUCGAACUGUGUGUGCGUGUGUAAAAAUAAUAUACUCUGAAAGUCUCCGCCAAAGCGAACUAGGAUAGUGCGCUGAAAAGUGAUAAAUCGUAUGCCAAAGUUGAGAGAAUCUCUGUAAAUUAGCCAAGUGAAUAUAUACCCAAUACGUUCCCUGGUAUUAAUCGCAAGAUAAACCGACUUCUAGUGCCUGAAAACAGCGAAUUUAAUAGAAAAAUGGAUUACCUCACAAUGUUCUACGACGGCUGGCGGGAUCUGAUGGACAACAAAUCGGACCCGCGAACACGAGACUACCCGCUAAUGAGCUCGCCGUUCCCCACGAUAGCCAUCAGUCUGACAUACGCCUAUAUCGUGAAGGUACUUGGACCCAAGCUCAUGGAAAACAGAAAGCCUUUCGAGCUCCGCAAAGUCUUGAUCGUCUAUAAUGCAGCACAGGUUAUCUUCAGUGCCUGGCUCUUUUACGAGUCCUGUAUAGGUGGAUGGCUGAAUGGCUAUAACUUGCGAUGCGAACCCGUUAAUUAUUCCUACUCGCCCAAAGCGAUUCGCACCGCUGAGGGUUGCUGGUGGUACUACUUCUCCAAGUUCACCGAGUUCUUCGACACGUUCUUCUUCGUGAUGCGCAAGCGGUACGACCAGGUGUCCACGCUGCACGUGAUCCACCACGGCAUCAUGCCCGUGUCCGUCUGGUGGGGCGUCAAGUUCACGCCCGGCGGCCACUCGACCUUCUUCGGUUUCCUGAACACCUUCGUGCACAUCUUCAUGUACGCCUACUACAUGCUGGCCGCGAUGGGCCCCAAGGUGCAGAAGUACCUGUGGUGGAAGAAGUACCUCACGGUGAUGCAGAUGAUCCAGUUUGUCCUGGUCAUGGUGCACUCGUUCCAGCUGUUCUUCAAGAACGACUGCAACUACCCCAUUGGCUUCGCCUACUUCAUCGGAGCCCAUGCGGUGAUGUUCUACUUCCUGUUCUCAAACUUCUACAAGCGCGCCUAUGUGAAGCGCGACGGCAAGGACAAACCGGCGGUCAAGGCGAACGGACAUGCCAACGGACACGUCAAGGCGCUGAAGGACGGCGAUGUGGCGCCCACCCGCAACGGCCAGGCCAACGGCUUCCACAACUCCUUCUCGAAGUUCACCACGGAUAUGUGCAAUCCGGCCCUGAACUCCUCCACGAGACAGCGCGUCCUCGUGAACGCCGGCAACAAGUGAGCCCCGCCAGCCAACCAGCCAGCCAGCCAAACAUGAAACACACAUAAGCAUAAAUUAAUUACGCUACCAAUUAAAUUACCGUACAUUUAAAUUAAACGUAAGCAUAGGGAGUCCAAGCCUACAUCUAAGCCAAAUCGAAUUCGCAUCAAGAUUAAAGACAAGGAAACAAAAACAUUAUUUCAUGGACAAUCCAUGGUGAUCGCACGUAGGGAUCACACUGGUGAUCGCUGGCCAACUGCUCUGUCUACCGAUCAUUUCUCAAAUAAUAAUACUUCAUAUCCACAUUUAGACCCCAAUACUAUCCACAUCCCGUCAUCCAUGUGCAUGUACAUAGAUCGUUCAUUGCUGCUGAGGAUUUCAGUGGCACUCUCGGCGAGUUCGGCGUUCAUCUAAUUUUAAUACUUUUAAAUACACCCUUUGGGGACGAGGCGAUGGUCUAUACCAUUCCACGGCUCGUUCGCCAAGUGUAUCUGCUUUACGUAUCUAUCGCUCUACACUUUUGUAUUUUUGGUUAUGCAAGCGACGCUUUUAAUACGUGUAUAUUAUUUCUAUGGAUUGUUUUGAACAAAAGAAAUGUGUUUUUAUUUUAUAAAUAAAUUCGAGAUUAAACGUACAAAACACA